AUGGCUAUGACCGGCGUUACCAAUGGUGUGAACGGCGUUGCCAAUGGUGCAAACGGCGUUACCAAUGGCACCCAUGGCCUCGUCACCAACUCGUCACCACUGGAGCUCCUAGUUCGAGACCUCAACAAGCAGAGCAAGACGUUCACAGAUUACCUCCGAGCUAAUGGGCUUCCCGAGCCAAGUUUCGAGCGUGACGCACCCAUCAUCAACCUGCCUCCACAUGUUCCUGAGGACAUACAGGUUGCCAAGGAGAAGCUCCUGGACCACGCACUACAGAUCUUCCAGCUCGUCGCCGGGCCUGGAGAGUAUUUGCAGAAUGUCAUCACCGGCUACCAUUACAUGGAAAUUCUCCGGUGGAUGAGCCACUUCAAGAUCUUCGAACUGGUUCCCUUGGAUGGCAGUAUUUCGUACUCGAAGCUGGCCGCGAAGGCCGGCGUGUCGGAGCUGCGGCUCAAGUCUCUAGCCCGCAUGGGCAUGACAAACCAUCUCUUCGCCGAGCCCGCGCCGGGCUUCAUCGCCCACUCGGCUACGUCUGCAGCACUGGUCACGAACACUAAGUUUUCCGACCAGAGGGUGUGGAUGACCAGUGUCAUUACCCCGGUCAUCGCGUCCAUGGUCACAGCCCACGAAAGAUGGCCCGACAGCACAGCACCAAACAACACCGCUUUUAGCGCUGCCUUCAACACUAACCUUGGUAUGUACGAGUACAUCGCCAAGCAACCCGAGCUAUACAAGUUGUUUGGGCGUGUCAUGGAUGCUGUCGCCAACAGCCCCAAGAGUGACCUGAAGCACCUUGUCAGCGGCUUCGACUGGGCGAGCCUCGGAAAGGCCAAGAUCGGCGGUAACAUCGGCCACAGCUGCGUGACCCUGGCAAAGGCCUUCCCUGACUUGGAGUUCAUCGUCCAAGACAUCCCGCAUGUCGUCGAAGAGGGUAUCAAGGUCAUCCGGGAGAACAACGAGGCCAGCAUUGCCGAUCGCAUCAAGUUCCAAGAGUACGACUUCUUUCAGAAGGAGCCCGUGCAGGGAGCCGAAGUCUACCUUUUCCGCCAGAUCUUCCACAACUGGGACUUUGAGAACUCAGUCAAGAUCCUGAAGAACACGGUCGGGUCCAUGAGCGAGGGCUCGCACGUGCUCAUCAUGGACUUUGUCAUUCCCGAGCCUGGAAGUGUUUCCUCCGUAAACGAGCGCGUGCUUCGCUCUCGUGAUGUCGGCAUGAUGCAGCUGUUCAAUUCAAUGGAGCGCGACCUAGAGGGCUGGAAGGCCAUCUUAGAAGCAGUGGACUCGAGACUCAGGAUCAAUGGUGUGAACACGCCAUAUGGAAGUUUCAUGUCGGUGAUUGAUGUAAUUCUGGAAUAG